AUGACACGGGCGGCGAGACGAGGGCUCACUCGGGGAACAAACGGAGAGGCAGCACACGCCAAUACGGAGCUUCGUACUAACGCAACGGGCGAUGACGGGACGGGUGAUGCGAUUGAGAACACGGACGAAGUGGCGGCUGACACAGGGCUCACGGAUGUACUAGAGGGUCAGGUGGCACACAGAACCGAACACGGACGACGAAAAGCAACGCAACGUACCGGACGUGGUGCACGUACGGAAGAAUCAGGAGUGGUAUUUCAGUCAAGAAGAGAGGCCAACACGCAGGAUGAGUCACGGGAAAGUGUGUGGGGUACGUUCCGGAGUGGCGUUGUAAGAGGCGACGAAUCAGCGACGGUGGGCAGUGGCGUAGCACAGGACGAGACGGAACAGCUGCGAGCAGUGCACGACGGACGGGCAGCACGACGCGAGCAGACACUGCAGCUUACAGAUGACAACAUCAUUGCGGCACAGAAGCAUAGCAAGUUGGUGCAGGACUUGUUAACGGCGGGCGAGUGCCGAGGGCAGAAAGUGUCGACUAGCUUUGAGUUGGUAGUGGUGGUGACGACGAAGGGAUCGCGUGUGGUGCUACCACCGGCAUUGUGGCCUUAA